AUGGUGAUAGAUAAGUAUAAGGACCCCCCCGAAGGAAUGCAAUCACAUUGGAGGGAAUCAAGUCACCGUGUCUCCUUGUGUCGGUUCAUUCAGAGUGGCUCCAACAUGCAGCAGCUGCUCAUCCUGCCCGCCUUCCUGGCAUCUUUCUGGACGCUCUGCACCGGAUCAGGAGAGUGGUGCUACCAGAGCCAGUUUACCUGCGACCAUCAGUGCAAUGCGCCAGAAAAGUGGAACCAUGCCAACCAGGACUGUGGGGGACAGUUCCAGUCACCCAUCAAUAUCGUCACCAGAAAGACGGUGAAAGAUGAGACUCUGAUCCCCCUUCAGUUCCAAAACUACCAGCAGACGUUCAGGAGCUCCAUCAAAAACAACGGUCACUCAGUCCAGGUUGGAAUUUCUCACACGGCAACCAUCUCGGGCGGAGGGCUACCGGACACAUACAAGGCUGUGCAGUUUCAUCUGCACUGGGGAAAAGAUGGACGGCUUGGCUCCGAGCACACGAUCGACGGGGAGCAGUACCCCAUGGAGUUGCACAUCGUUCACAUGAAGAGCCGGUAUGCCGAUCUGACAACUGCACUAAGAGAUCAGAAUGGCGUGGCAGUUCUUGGAUUUUUCUAUGAGGAGUCCAAGAGUACAAACAAGAAGUAUGACUCCAUCAUCAAUGCGCUGCAAAGCAUCAAAGCAGCAAAUGGCAACACCUCUCUGCCCCCCAUCUCUCUGGCACAGCUGAUUCCUCCUGAGCACAACAUGACCUCGUUCUACCGUUAUAAGGGUUCCCUCACCACCCCGGGGUGUACGGAGGCUGUGGUUUGGACCGUGUUUGAGAACCCCAUCCCUUUGAGCAAGGAGCAGCUGAGAGCUUUCUCUAAGGUCCAGUUCCAUGACGGGAAGCCGAUGGUGGACAAUUUCCGGCCUGUUCAGCCCCUGAACGGCCGGCAGGUGUUCCGCUCAGGAGGAGCCGUGCUCCUGGCCAGCUCGGCCCUCUUUGCUGCAGCCCUGCUGACGGCGUUGGGGCUGUCCCAACCCAACUAAAACUACGUCAUCCCGCACUGCACUACGAUCCUCGACUAAAACUCUUGUUUCUAAUGUAACUCUGACGUGUUUGUGAAGACAGCGGACCACGUAGUGCAGGGAUCGCUCCCCCCGUUAUGACACAGAUGAUAGAGGCGUGUGAGACAAGCCUUGGGAAAGGUGUUGUAAGGGGUUUGAUCAGCAUCCAUGCAUGUGUAGUGACAUAGUAGUUCUUAUUUAAGCCUUACGAAUGUGCCAUAAAGCAAGUUACUGGGCACAAGACAUGAGCAAUCAAACUCUACACCAGAGCUUUUAUUUUUCUUCUGCUCCAUGCAGCAAAUCAUGAACACACACACGUUCAUCGCACAUCUCUAGUUUUCAUAAGAUCUCGUCCACCUUGUCCAAUGUCAGGUAAAUUUAGUGUCUGUUAAUACCAGAGUGAGUUGCCAAUGUUUUGAGGGCCAGUGGGCGCUAAUGUCAGCCACAUGACUUGGCACAUGAUGUCAUGGUAUUAACGGAGCAUGGAAGGGUGGAGUUAUAGAUAGCAGAACCGAGUCAUAAAUCAGAGCCAGAGGUCAAAAGUGUAUAUGCAGCUUGACUUUUCUCUCCAAGUGCAGCAGAUUACACUCCUACAGCCAGACUCGGAUCUCAGAGCAGCUUUGUUUUGGAAAUAUAAGGGGGGGGGGAGAGAUCAACACAUAUCCUGAAAACUGAAUGAAAGUCUAACAAUAAACCUGCUCUACUCUGGGCCACCUGAGGACAAGAGGCAGACGUUUACAUCCAAGCAGGCGGUCAGAGAGACAGUACCAGCUAGUUUUUAGAGGGACGCAACCAAACUAUUUUAUUUCCUUUUUUUUUUACUGUUAUUCAUAUCGUAUAUAAAGAGCAUGUCACUGCAUGCUGUGAUAUUCCAGAUGUUUUGACAGAAGCUAGUACAUGGCUGCAAGUUUCAUAGCUUCCUAAACUGUUUUCCCAAAACAGGUGCUUGAAUAGAAGAAUCUAUUUUGUAAGACUAUGAUGUUUCCAUGGUUCGCACUGAUAACUGUUGAGUGAAUCACUGCCUGCUCAGCUCUCUGUUUUUUUUUUCAGAACUUGUCAUGUAUUCUAGAGAGGGUUUAUGUGCAAUUUGGGAGCAAGAACUCUUGUUACUAUGAGGAAGGAAUCUGUAUUUUCUGUUGUUUCAGAACAAAUCCAGCUAUAUUUCUAUAUUGUGUCAUUUUACACAUGUAUUUAUCUACUAAAUGUGCAUCGUGAGAUGAGAUCAAUGCACACGUUACUGUUAUUUAUGUAUUGCAAAAUUUAUAUAGAAUGCAAAUCUAUAAAGAAUAUGAAGCUUGAAACUGUUUAUGAUCAAUCAAGUUUACUUGUGCUCUUAAGGUGUUAAAGAUACCAAGUUCUAAUGCUUGAAAUCAUAAAAAGAUGUAGUGAAUGUUGAUGUUAAAUAAUAAACUAUAAGCCUUUU